AUGGCCGCGGAGGAGCUGCUGCAGAGCGUGGAUCACUACAAGACGGAGAUCGAGCGGCUGACUCGCGAGCUCACCGAGACCACCCACGAGAAGAUCCAGGCGGCCGAGUACGGGCUGGUGGUGCUGGAGGAGAAGCUGACCCUCAAGCAGCAGUAUGACGAGCUGGAGGCCGAGUACGACGUCCUCAAGCAGGAGCUGGAGCAGCUCCGCGAGGCAUUUGGGCAGUCCUUCUCCAUCCACCGUAAAGUUGCCGAGGAUGGAGAGACUCGGGAGGAAACGCUUCUGCAAGAGUCAGCUUCGAAGGAAGCUUACUACCUGGGCAAGAUCUUGGAAAUGCAGAACGAACUGAAACAGAGCCGGGCUGUGGUCACUAACAUCCAGGCGGAGAAUGAGAGGCUCACUGCUGUUAUUCAGGACCUGAAGGAGAGCAAUGAGAUGGUGGAGCUGCAGAGGAUACGGAUGAAGGAUGAGAUCAGAGAGUACAAGUUCCGGGAGGCCCGGCUCCUCCAGGACUACACAGAGCUGGAAGAGGAGAACAUCACGCUGCAGAAACUGGUGUCCACAUUGAAACAGAACCAGGUGGAGUACGAGAGCCUAAAGCACGAGAUCAAGCGCUGCGAGGAGGAGGCGGUGCUGCUCAACAGCCAGCUGGAGGACGCGCUGCGGCUCAAGGAGAUCGCCGCGCACCAGCUGGAGGAGGCUCUGGAGACGCUCAAAAACGAGCGCGAGCAGAAGAACGGCCUGCGCAAGGAGUUGGCCCAGUAUGUCACCCUCGGCGACAGCCACCUGGGCCUCUCCGUGGACGGGCUCAAGUUCGCGGAGGAGGGUGCUGAGCCCAACAACGACGACAAGAUGAACGGGCACGGGCCCCUGGCCAGGCUGAACGGGGACUACCGGACGCCCGCGCUGCGGAAGGGCGAGGCCCUGCACCCCGUCUCCGACCUGUUCAGCGAGCUGAGCAUCUCAGAGAUCCAGAAACUGAAACAGCAGCUGACGCAGGUGGAGCGGGAGAAGGCCAUCCUGCUGGCCAAUCUGCAGGAGUCCCAGAUGCAGCUGGAGCACACGAAGGGGGCGCUGACGGAGCAGCACGAGCGGGUGCACCGGCUCACUGAGCACGUCAACGCCAUGCGGGGCCUGCAGAGCAGCAAGGAGCUCCGGGCCGAGCCAGACAGGGAGAAGGGCCAGGACCCCGGGGAGGAGGCUCAUGACUACGAGGUGGACGUCAAUGGCCUAGAGAUCCUGGAGUGCAAGUACAGGGUGGCCGUCACAGAGGUGAUCGGCUUGAAAGCAGAAAUUAAGGCCUUAAAGGAGAAAUACAAUCAAUCUGUAGAAAACUAUACUGAAGAGAAGGCCAAGUAUGAGAGUAAAAUCCAGAUGUACGACGAGCAGGUGACAAGCCUUGAGAAGACCACCAAGGAGAGUGGCGAGAAGAUGGCCCACAUGGAGAAGGAACUGCACAAGAUGGCCAGCAUUGCCGAUGAGAGCCACAACACCCUCAACACGGCCCAGGACGAGUUAGUGACGUUUAGCGAGGAGCUCGCGCAGCUGUACCACCACGUGUGUCUGUGCAAUAAUGAAACGCCCAACAGGGUCAUGCUGGACUACUACAGGCAGAGCAGAGUCACCCGCAGUGGCAGCCUGAAGGGGCCGGAGGAUCCCAGGGGACUUCUGUCCCCACGACUAGCCCGGCGGGGCGUGUCAUCUCCCGUGGAAACAAGGACCUCGCCUGAGCCAGUUGCAAAAGAAAACGCAGAGGCCAGCAAAGAACCGAGUCCAACGAAGACGCCCACCAUCUCUCCUGUUAUUACUGCCCCGCCGUCUUCUCCAGUGUUGGAUACAAGUGAUAUCCGCAAAGAGCCAAUGAAUAUCUACAACCUUAAUGCCAUAAUCCGGGACCAAAUCAAACAUCUGCAGAAAGCGGUGGACCGGUCCGUGCAGCUCUCUCGGCAAAGAGCCGCGGCACGGGAGUUGGCCCCCAUGAUCGACAAAGACAAGGAGGCCUUGAUGGAGGAGAUCCUCAAGCUCAAGUCCCUGCUGAGCACCAAGCGGGAGCAGAUCGCCACGCUGAGGGCGGUGCUGAAAGCCAACAAGCAGACAGCAGAGGUGGCCCUCGCUAACCUGAAGAACAAAUACGAGAACGAGAAGGCAAUGGUGACCGAGACGAUGACCAAACUUCGCAACGAGCUGAAGGCUUUGAAAGAAGACGCUGCCACCUUCUCCUCCCUGAGGGCAAUGUUCGCCACAAGAUGUGAUGAGUAUGUUACACAGCUGGAUGAGAUGCAGAGACAGUUAGCAGCCGCAGAGGAUGAGAAGAAGACUCUGAACACUUUGUUACGAAUGGCUAUCCAGCAAAAACUUGCCCUGACUCAGCGGCUGGAGGACUUAGAGUUUGACCACGAGCAGUCCCGACGCAGCAAAGGCAAACUUGGAAAGAGCAAGAUCGGCAGCCCUAAAGGUCCUACUAUGAGUCUUUCCUGCUAACAAUAUCAAGAACAAAUCUUCGCCACCUGCCUCACAAGCGCAAGGACCCGAGCGAGUUCGAUCCCUGGUACCAAAAACCAAAAAAAAAAAAAAAAAAUCAAAAACAAAAAACAAAAAACAAAUCUACACAUAGAUAAAAGGUAGCUUUGGCUAGUUAAUUUACAUGGACAGUGUUCAGAUUUUGAUUAAAAUUGUAUGUUUUGUUGUUAGUUUUUUUUUUUCAGAAUGAAUCUUCCUUGCCAUAAGAAAGUUUUAGAUAAUAAACCUUAGCUCAUUGUCUACUUCUGACAAACACUCAGGUGCCUACAAAUCAUUAUAUUAUAUUGAUGAUAAGACAUGUUCCUAGUUAAUUUACGGAUUCUGCUAGGUAACUUUUAUGACUUGAUUUGUGGCAGUGGAUUUUUCAUAGCAAAAUUUAUUUUGCACAUGAUAUGACAAACAAGGAAAAUGGCUACUUGGGCUGAGAAGUCUCUUGGGCUCCUUCCCUCUCAAGGGCUCCUAGCCCCGAUUCCUUGUCUUUGUCAGUAGCCUUAACUCAUUUAAAACCGGAAAGGUUUCACCUUUCUGCGUAUUGGUAACUUCUCUUCCGAAUGAAUAUGGCCGUCGCUGUCAGCGCACAGAACGGUUAACAGUGGGGCGCAUUCGUGGUGACCCGGAGCCGCUCGGCUGCGCAGUGCAGGGUGGUGCCCGGGGUGCCCAUCGCAGGGCAGCCACCAAGCACACGCAGAAGCUCUGGGCAGUCCUCACCCAUCAGGAAGGGUCGCCGUUACCAAAGCAACCGAGAGCUUUUGUGUUCCUCACGUGAGUGCGGUCUUCACCAGUGUCAUUUCAUAUGUAAUUUGGCCUAAAAAGUUGAGAUCUCCAGCAAGAUAGGGAUUCAGGUCAGAGUGCAGAAACAAAACGGACCUUCACAGCAGUCCUGACCAUAGCGCGUGACGUGCUUGUUCCUACCUGUAUCGCCUUGCUGUCCUGCACACAGUCCUCAUGCUACAGGCGCCGUACCUGCCAAGUACAGUGUCAGCAACACGUGGGCAUCGCUGAGUGAGUUCCGCUGAAGAGAGCUGACCCACCCCGCUCUUUCCUUUGGGAGUCAUCCGUGUUUGGACCUGAGAAGUGGAGUAGCUGCUAAGUUGACUUUGUGCCUGAGGGAGAGCAUGCCUUUUUACCACAUACCUCAGAAUAUCCUGUCACUCGUUCCUGGGGUGGGAACCCAGCCCCCAGGCCAGCGUGGCUGGAGCCGGCUCUUCCCCUCCCCAGGGCUCACUGCAUUCUCCUUCCCUCCCUCCCUCCCUCUGGUUUAUGACCCGGUGAAAAGCCGAGGAGUGUGCAAAGCAUUUAUCUCUUCCAAUACAACGUCUGUCAUUAAAUCUAUUACAAACUAGUUUCUCUGAACAGAGUGGGAAAUGCUUGGUUACUUGUAUAAAAUAUUAAUUUUAGCAAAAUUUUGUCAAAAAGAUAUAGAAACUUGGAAAUAAAUUUUCCUUGUCAGCACAAAGUGAGGUGGUAGUCCCUAAAUUGUUAAGAGAGAAUACCAUGUAUUUCCCCAUCAUUUCACAUAGUAGUUUAAACGAAGCCAUAUUUAUAUUUAUUUAUAGGCAUUUUAAAUGAAUACGAACGUGUAUCGGCGGUAAAAAUCAGUACCUGUAAAGAUAACAUAGGAUCCAAAAGGAAACUGAGAAAGUGAAGAACUAGUGAGAACCAAAAGGAUGAACCUCAGUAAGAUUAACUGAAGCCGCGUGUGGAGAAGAAAAAUGAUCCGCAGAUGUGCAGCCCAAGGAUCCUGGCUCCUGAUUGUGGACGUGGUGAUCAAAGACAGCAGUAACCAGCCAGAUCAGUUAGCAAAGUAACCAAGUAGUUUUUAAAAGUAAGCACAAUCACAAUGCUGAAAAGAAUAGUUAAGGUGCAGAAAUGCUUUCCUACUGAAGAUUUUUUCCUUAGGUACAAAAUAACAGCAAAGUUAAAAGGAGCAAUAAAUGGCCUUUGGCCUGAAUUCUUCUUAGGGGUUGGCAGAAAACCUUGGAUGACUCUUCCCAGUCAACUGACGUUUUAUUAGAUCCCUUGCACAUGUCCAAUAUUGAUUUUUUUUAAAAAAAUUGGAAAACUUUGAGGAAACAAAGUUAUUAAAUAAUUAAGACUCAGAAAUGAUAGCUAUUUAGCCUAAGGAAGAGGAGUACAAUAGUAACCUCCCAGAAAAGAGAAUUGAACAAAUGAUAGAGCUAUAGAUACCAUUAAGACUAGAAUUAGGAAGUCUUCGGGGUGAAGGAUUUAUAAUAACUCUAGGAUGGAGAUUUUAAUAAUGGAAAAUUAAUCAUCAGCAUUGGUAAUUAUAAGGAAGCUCUGUUUUCUGAAAAUGGAAUAUUGUUGGUGGUUUAGCAUUAAGUGGUAAGAUAUCUUUAAAAUAAUGUAUUCUGCAAGCCUAUAAUCCUGUUUUUUUAUUUUUAAAAUUAAAAAGAACGUUCUGAUUAGUUAUAAAUAUUCUAGCCUUUGAAAUAGGAUAGCAGUUUUAACUUCUCCAAGAUUUUUUUAAAGGAUUGUUGAUUUUAUUUUUUCCUUCUAGUUAGAUAUCAUCAUAUCCUUAAAGUUGCCCAGAGUGUAGCCAUUUUACUGUAAAAACCGCAUCUUUGAGUCUAAAAAGGAAAUGUCCUUAGAAAUAGUUGAGAAAGGGAAAGGUACGCAGUCCCUUGUGCAGGGAGAAGGCAUGUGGCAAAUGCCUCCUCACUUUUAUCUCUACUGAAAAGGAUCUUCAAUCUUUACCGUUCGCUUUUUCUGCACGGUGGACAGUAUGCUUGUACAGCGAAGACCUGCUGCUCCAAACCAGCCUGCGACCCUGGUCCAAUAAAUUAGCGAAGAAUAUGGAAAUGCCCCAGUACACCGUGUUAAAUAAGAUCCUUUUCAGGUCUCCAGUAAGGGUUAUGAAACAUGAAAAUGGGGAGAUAAAAUUAUUUUCUCCUGGGAUAGGAAUAUAGAAUUUUAUUGUCAUAAUCAGCCAAGAAGUAGAAUCUUGUCUGUCAGAAAGUUGCAUUAGGGGAAGCUGGUCCAUUUCCAGUAGGGACCUCAGCUGCCUCAGCCUGCGGGUGCCACAGGAGGGUACAUUAAUAUUGCAGAUAUGUCUAAGUUUAAAAGAAGCUCUUAGCACUCGGGAGGCUGAGGCAGGAGGAUCGCUGUGAGUCUGAGACCAGCCUGGGCUACAUA